GGGAGAAUAGUGAUGUGUGUGAUAUUGUCGAAGAAGGAAGGAACAAGUGCCAACUAAAAUAACAUAUUUUCUGCAGUGAUUUCAUAAUUAAAUAAGUUACUAUUCAAAAUAUUAAUUUAGUAAAUAAAGGUAGAUAAAAAUGUUGAAAACAAUCUCAACUAAAGUGCCAGCAAUGGCUGGACGUUAUGUGGGCAGUGUUGGAGAUAUUGCCAAUCGAACUUUGGUGACCAGUCAAGCGUUGAGAGAUAAACAUGAAUGUCAAGUACUCAUUGUCGGUGGCGGUUCCGGUGGCUGUGCGUUGGCCGCAAAAUUAUCCUCGAAAUUAGGCAAAAAAAAAGUGACUGUUGUGGAGCCGGCUGAGGAGCACUACUAUCAACCAAUGUUUACGCUAAUUGGCGGUGGCAUGAAACGCUUGGAGCAAUCUUAUAAACCAAUGGCUGAGGUUUUACCGAAAAAUAUUAAUUGGAUUAAAUCAUCAGCUGUGGAAUUUGAUCCGAAAAAUAACAGUGUCAAAACGGCUCACGGUACAAAUAUUAAAUAUGAUAUGCUACUGCUGGCAACCGGUUUGCAAUUGAACUAUGAUAAGAUACCUGGCUUAAUUGAGGCACUCUCCAUACCAAAUGGCAAAGUUUGCUCGAAUUACUCACCGAAGUAUGUGGAUCGUACCUAUGCAUGCCUGCAAAAUAUACAGGAAGGCAAUGCCAUCUUCACCUUUCCGGCAUCGCCCGUAAAAUGCCCCGGAGCGCCACAGAAGAUAGUGUACAUAGCUGAGCACUAUUUCCGUAAGUUGAAUAAACGUGAUAAAAUAAAAAUUACAUACAACACAUCGCUGCCGGUAAUUUUCGGUGUCAAACAUUACGCCGAUGCGCUGUGGAAAGUUGUCAAAAAGCGUAAUAUCAAUGUGAAUCUGCGUAGAAACUUAAUUGAAGUGCGACCCCGCGACGAUAUUGCAGUAUUCCAGGACUUGGACAAACCGGAGCAGAUAUUCGAGGAGAAAUACGCCAUGUUGCACGUCACACCACCAAUGAGCGCACCAACAGUGCUGGCUCAAUGCAAGGAAUUGGUAAAUGACACCGGCUUUGUUGAUGUGGACAAAACAACAUUGCAACAUUUGAAAUAUAAAAAUGUUUUCGCCAUUGGCGACUGCUCGGCAUCUCCAAACUCCAAGACAGCCGCUUCAGCGGCAGCUCAGUCGCCGGUAGUGUAUCGUAAUAUGAUUGCCGCCAUUAAGGGUAAAGAGUUGAAGAGCAGUUAUGAUGGUUACGCCUCAUGUCCGCUGGUUACCGGCUACAGCAGCUGCAUAUUGGCGGAGUUCGAUUAUGAUUUGAAACCACUGGAGACAUUUCCAAUUGCGCAGAAUAAGGAACGCUAUUCUAUGUUCUUUUUGAAGAAGGCCUUGAUGCCCACACUUUAUUGGAAACUCAUGAUGAAUGGCUAUUGGAAUGGGCCGGCACUGAUGCGUAACGCUUUGUCCUUGUUGAAAUUCGGUAAAAAGUGAAAAUUCUACAAAAAAAAGGAUUAAUAAUAUCAAGGCUAAUAAAUGUAUUUGUGAGGAGAUAACUGCAAUGAAUGAUUAAUUUUUUUUCCAGCAACGCAAAUGUGUACGCGCUGCAGUUUCAAUUACUUGAAGGGGCCGAAUUCAGCGUUUGCUCUCUAAAAGAGGCAAUGAAACUGCUCAAGUAUCGCUUUUCCCAGAUAUUCUAUUGUAAGGAGACUGCCGCAUUCAUUUUUGUAAAUUUUUUUUUUAAUAAAAAUUGCCAAACUUUCUUCUUACAUUACUAAGCAAAGCCAAUUUUUGUAAUUUAAAUAUAAAUAAAUACAUAUACAUACA